AUGUUGGGUGCAGUGAGGGAGAGGAGCCCCCGAGGGCCAACAAGGUAUGCUGUUUCUCGUGCUAAUAGCAUAAAGUCCACAUUUGAGUUGGUUAUGCCAAAAGAAAUUGAAAACAUAGUGCUGGAAAUGACCAACAAGGAGGGGCGUCGUGUGUAUGGGGACAAUUGGAAUAACAAGGAUCAAACAGAUUUACAGGGAUACCUGGGUCUUUUGAUUCUUGCUGGUGUCUACCGGUCCAGUAAGGAGGCUACAUCCAGCCUGUGGCACACUCACUCUGGGAGGGCUAUUUUUCGUGCCACCAUGCCACUGAAGACAUUCCACAUCAUCUCUAGAGUGAUUCGCUUUGAUGAUCGCAGCACCAGACCAGCGCGCCGUGCCAGAGACAAACUGGCUGCCAUCCGACAGGUGUGGGAUAAGUGGGUGUGUCUCCUGCCACUCAUGUUUACCCCCGGCACUGAUGUGACAGUGGACGAGCGCCUAGUACCUUUCAGAGGUCGAUGUGGUUUCAAACAAUAUAUGCCGAAUAAACCUGGCAAAUACGGCCUCAAAAUCUGGGUAGCCUGCGAUGCCCAGACCAGCUACGCCUGGAAUAUGCAAAUAUACACAGGCAAACCUGCAGAUGGCCAGCCGGAGAAAAAUCAGGGCCAGCGUGUGGUUCUCGAGGUGACAGAGGGUCUUCGGGGGCACACCAUCACAUGUGACAACUUUUUCACAUCCUAUACCCUUGGCCAGGAGCUGCUAAGGAGGAAGCUGGCCAUGGUAGGAACUGUGAGGAAGAAUAAACCAGAGCUUCCCCCUGCACUGCUGGCAACAAGAGAGAGGGCCAAAUUCUCUUCUCAGUUUGUGUUCACUGACACGCACGUUCUUGUCUCCUACUGCCCCAAAAAGAGGAAGAAUGUGCUUCUCAUGAGCACUCUGCAUCGGGACACUGCAGUUAGCACCGCAGAGGACAAAAAGCCCCAGAUCAUCCUGGAUUACAACAGGAACAAGGGGGGAGUCGACAACCUCGACAAGGUCACCAGUGUAUACAGCUGUAAAAGAAUGACAGCCCGUUGGCCCCUGACUGUGUUUUAUAACAUGCUUGAUGUGUCUGCAUACAACGCCUUUGUGCUGUGGAGAGAGAUAGACCCAAGCUGGAAUCAGGGGAAGUGCCACAGGAGGAGGCUGUUCCUUGAGGAACUUGGAAGGGACCUUGUGGCACCUCUCAUAAGGAGGCGCCAGGCACUUCCCCGCACGCCAGACUCUGCCACCUUGGUCAUGGAAAUCCAGCAGGAUGCAUCGACCCCUGCAGCUGCUCCUCCUCACCCAUCACUCAAAAGGAAGAGGUGCCGAUUCUGUGCAACUGACAACAAAUCCAGCAUCAGGUUGGCACCCUGUGCAGCAGCCACCACCGUCAAUGUAUUGAUGGGUAAAUGUUGA